GGCCAUGCUAAUAAGGCUGAAACUCCGCUGGGGCGGGGAGGCCGAGCAGGAACUUGGCGGAGUCGUCGUCGUCGGCAGGGCUGGCGGCGGGGAGCACUAUGCCCGGGCUGCUGCCGCCACCAUGAGCCGCUGGUCUGCUUCUCCCGGAGUGGUGCUGACCGCCUACCACCCCAGCCAUGGCAGCCUUAGCAGCAGCGAAGCGGCGGAGAGCAACGCCAAGGAGCCCGCAGACACCCCGGCGUCUCCCUCCAGCCGCAGAUCUGGCCAAUAUACGAUGAACCAUGACAACUCCAAGAAGCCCUCAGGGAAGCCUCCCUACAAUCGUUCAGGUUCUCAAGAUUCGCUGGAUGAAUUAUCCAUGGAUGACUAUUGGAAGGAACUUGAAAACAUCAAUGAAGCCCGAGACAAUGAUCAUGAGGAACAGCAAGUUGUUGUUGUCAAAGAACCUGAUGAGGGAGAAUUGGAGGAAGAGUGGCUAAAAGAAGCAGGUUUGUCAAACCUCUGUGGAGAAGCUUCUGUGGACUCUCAAGAAAGUAUGGUGGUUUUGGCUACUUUGACCCGAACCCAGGCAGCAGCAGUUCAGAAACGAGUGGAUACUGUCACACAGACCAUGAGGAAGAAAAACAAGCAGUACCAAGUCCCUGAUGUGAGAGAUAUCUUCAAGCAGCAAAAUGAGUCAAAAGAAAAAGAAACUGGCAGUAAACCCCAGUCAGUAAGAACAAGAGAGGCACAAGAGGAAGAAAAAGAGGCACACAGCCAACAUCUUGAUGAUAACAGCCCAAGAGAUGAUGUGCCAGCAACUGAAACAGAUAUAAAUCUGGAAAUAUCAUUUUCUGAACAGGCAGCUAGUCUCAAAGAUAACCCAAUAAGCAAAGUGUCAAAGGACAAAGAAGAUGACACACUCCUUCCUAAUUUCAGAUUGCCAAAAGACAAAACGGGUACAACCAAGAUAGGGGCCCUUGCACCUCAGGAUAUGAAGAAAAUCCAUGCCUUGGCUCUCAUUGAACUGACCGCGCUCUUUGAUAUACUUGGAACAGAACUUAAGCCACAAAAAGCAAUAAAAAGUAAAGUAAAAGAAUCUGGUCUUUUUGGUGUUCCACUGCCAGUCUUGCUAGAACAAGAUCAGAAGAGAGUAUCAGGCGUAAGGGUGCCAUUUAUCUUCCAAAGACUCAUUUCCCACAUAGAAGAGGGAAAACUGGAAACGGAAGGACUUCUUCGAAUACCUGGUGUUGCAGCAAGAGUGAAGAAUCUUUGCCAAGAGCUUGAAGCAAAAUUUUAUGAAGGAACAUUCUGCUGGGAAAAUCUAAAGCAGCAUGAUGCAGUAAGUCUUCUGAAGCUUUUUAUCCGAGAACUGCCUCAGCCACUGCUUACUAUGGAAUAUCUUAAGGCUUUCCAGGAUGUGCAAAAACUUCCAACAAAGAAGCAUCAGCUACAAGCACUGAACCUAUUGGUCCUCCUUCUCCCAGAGGGAAACAGAGAUACUUUGAAGGCACUCCUUGAAUUUCUUCAAAGAAUAAUUGAUCACCGAGAUAAGAACAAAAUGAACCUAAAGAAUGUUGCUGUGGUUAUGGCUCCAAAUCUCUUCAUGUUUCAUGGUUUGGGUUCGAAGACUACAGAAAAAAGCGAGUUUGUUAUGGCGGCUGGGACAGCAAGUGUCAUGCGUUUUAUGAUUAAAUACCAAAAUCUUCUUUGGACUAUUCCUACAUUUCUCGUGAACCAAGUAAGAAAGCAAAAUGCCGAAAGUCAAAAAAAGGAGAGAAAAGAGAAAGCAAUGAGGAAAUUGCUGAAAAAAAUGGCUUAUGACCGAGAAAAGCAUGAGAAGCAAGACAAAAGCAACCAUGAUGUAAAAUGUCUCAAUGAUACCGAUGUUCCUCAGGGAGUAAUACGGGUGCAAGCACCUCAUCUUUCCAAAGUUUCCAUGGCGAUCCAGCUGACAGAAGAAUUAAAAGCUGGUGAUGUCGUUGCCAGAUUCCUCAGCCAAAAGAGUGGAACUGUCCAAGCACUGAAGAAAGAAGAGGUGUUUUUAUAUGAAGUUGGAGGAAAUAUUGGUGAACGCUGCCUAGAUGAAGAUACCUACAUGAAGGAUUUGUAUCAGCUAAACCCAAAUGCAGAAUGGAUUAUAAAAUGUAAAAACUGCUGAAGUUGUGAAUCUAUGAAGAAAGUGAUACUUUUUUUUUGUAAUGCUGUAAAUAUUCAGGUGUACCAAAAUAAAAAGGAGAGUGUGCUCAUUUGAUACUUGAUGCACUGUCAAGCGGAAGUUGUCAGUGCUACACUUGGCUUUCAGGAAGCCUCCUUCCCCCUUUCCCAAGUUAUUGUGAGCUACUGUAGCAAUGCAGGAUAAGAAUUAGCUGUGCAGAGCCAAUGUAUACAGGUCUUUUCCUAUGGGAACCAUUGUGCCUUUGAAAUGGUCCCAUCUGAUUAUUUGUACUUUCCAGUUCAUUAUACCUUCAUUUGUAAAACAAAAGAAAACAAAAACUAAGGGCCAGUUAUUUUCUUAACCAAGAUACUUGUAAACUGUGUGGUAGGAAAAGCAUUUCUUUAUGGGUCCCAAUUCUCAAAAUGUGGUAUUACAGGCAUGAGAAAACCAGGCAGUGGUGGUGUGAUAUAUGUCAUGGGAAGAGGUACCUGUUUACCAUUGUAAUUAUCUAUUUAUUUAUAUGGUUGAUACUCCACAUUAGCAGAAUUUACUUUUGUGGGUUUGGUUAUUCAUUAAUUCGAUUAAAAUAGUUUUUCUAGGAAUCUCUAGGUUCUCCGGUAUGUUUCUAUAGCAAACGUCCAGUGUAAAUUGACCAUAGAGUUGUGCUGGAGAACCUAAAGAUUCACAGACAUGUAAUUAUCUCAGGUAAAAAAGAAAUAUUUUUUAAAAAUCUCAGUUUUUUACUUUUGUAAGGUUCUUUGCCUCUCAACCCAGUGAAUGUAGAGGGCUGACUGACUGUGGUUUCAGGUCCUGCAAGAUGGUCUGUCCUCACUGUUUCGAGGAAUAUAUUUCUGUGAAUGGCAUGAUGUGAUCCUAUUGAUAUUGGUAGUUUUACUUGCAUGUGAUUCACAUGAUCAUCAUAGUGCUAUGAAAGUGAUGCUAUUCAUAGAUUGAAGUAAAUCUCUAUGAACUUCCCUAGGUGGAACCCUCUUCUUAGUUCUUAAAAAAAAACACUCACAGAAGAAUUCUAGAAUAAAGUAAAAAUAUAUAGAAAUAAAGAAUCACAUCCCUUUGUACAAAAAUGCAGCAGAAAAAUAAAAAACUGGCCUGUGGAAUCUAGGAAACUAUGAAAAUUGCAUAGAUCCCCCAGUAUGAAAGAUUAAUAUGCAGUAAGAGUGGGUAACAUACUAAUGCUACCGUCCCAUUUUCAGCAUGUGUUAAUUCUUGCUAUCAUUCGCUACCUUCCCCUGACUGACAUCUUCCAGAUUCAUAGGAUUAUUUUGUCUUCAUUCUUAGUCACCACAUCACUGCUGGCUGGAAUGAGGGGAGUUGUAGUUCAGUAUCAUAACAUCUGGAGGUCUUAGGGCUGGAGAAAACUUCCUUGUGUCAAUUAACCCAUUAGCCAUAAAGUUACUGUUCUGUCAUUGUUGUCACUGCAGCUUUUAUGGUUUGUUCAUCUAAAGGCAGAGAAACAAUAGUUGUUGUGUGGCCACUGGGAAGACGUAGAACUGUGGAAGGAUGCUGUUUGAAUGUCAUGUGCAUCACAGAUAUCUCCAGUGAAUUUCAUCCUACUGUAAAACGGUUUUAAGUAACAUCAGCACACCUUUAAUAUCAGUGAGCCUACUCCUUUCUCUGUCCUCCCUUUCUCUCUUGGGAAUUUCCACUAGGCUAAUUUGGUCACUGCAAAUUAGUGGAGAGAAGAAAAGUUUGUCCUCAUCAGUAAUUAGUUUUCAGUUCCCUUUCAGAUGCUCUCUGUUUCUGCUGCUAUAUGCCAACAAUUAGCAGUGUGAGUGAACUUUGCCCUCCCUCAAUGGCUGUGGAUGUAGUAGUAGCCACUUGUUGCAUCUAUUCAUGCCCAUUCAUCAAAGGCAUGGGGUCCAUUAGUGGAAUGGAUUCUCUUUUGAAGCAUCUAUGCACUUCCAAGAUCAGUUCCAGAAAGCUGAAGGAUCUUGUGUAGCAGAUUUGGAGAGGACAUGGGACUGCAAGAGAGAGAAAGGAGAGGCAGACUCCCACUGUUGAUGAGAAAAUUUACUUCCAUAAUGUUGGAUGAGUAUUUUCCUUUCAAACCACUUCUGAUAAAAUGGAAAAUUUUAAAGUCAUUGCUUAUUAAUCUAGAAUCUAUGUUUUAAAGGUCAUGUAGGUGCACUAUGCAAUAAAUUGUGUUUAUGAUACUUUUAUAGUCCUUAACUGCUCCAAAUAAGAUUAAUACAUGAAAGAAAAUCUAGGUAUUUAAAUCAGGAACAAUUGAUACUGUUGAGAACAGCAGUAGUGGUCAUUAAAAACAAACUACCAAUGACCUGUAGAUUUAAUGGGUUUUUUUUUUAUAAAAAUAACUUCAUUGAUGGAUUAGUGCCAUUAUCUUUUUAUUAAAAUUUGAAAAAGCUUUUUAUAUAUAAAUGGAUUUUCUUAAUGCUGUUUUAAUUUGAAUUAUUACAUGUGUACAUAAGAUUACACAAAAGAUAUACUGACAAGUAGGUGAAUCAGCUAAUUUGUUUUGUUUUUACACUUCUGUAGAUUUGUAUAUAAAAUAAGAUGUUUCAGAUGAAAAA